AUGGAACGUUGGUUGAUUCCGAAAUCACAAAAAACAAGGAAUCAAGAUUUAAGUGGCGGUACUUGUUUAGGUGAUACAAGAAGCGAUCAUGAUAACGAGGGCACUGGUGAAAACGUUUCGACUCCUUCUACUAUUUCUUCCCGUAAUCGAAAUUACUCGCCUACUCUUCCUGUCACGAAGAAGACCCGUCAAUACAGCGCAGAAUAUUUAUCCUUUGGUUUUACAGAAUUUCUGUCCUCGGAAUCUGACAAAACACGACCGCAGUGUUUUAUUUGCAGCCAGGUUCUAGCAAAUGAUUCUAUGAAACCAGCUAAGUUAAGACACCAUUUUGAAACAAAGCACCCAGAGUUUCAGCAAAAACCCACGGAUUUUUUUAAAAAGAAAGAACAACAAUUGAAGAACAUUCAAAGAAGGUUGUCCCACAUUGUCAUACCAGCAUCAAACAAUUCAGCCAUAAUUGUCUCCUUUAAGGUAUGCCAACUAAUAGCUCAAAAAGGUAAACCUCAUACUAUUGCUGAAGAUUUCAUAUUACCAGCAGCAAAAAUUAUGGUGUCUGCAAUAAUUGGCGAUCAAGCUGCCAAAGAAAUUACACAAAUUCCGUUGUCAAACAAUACAGUGCAGAGAAGAAUUCAAAGUAUGGCAGAAAACAUAAAAGAUCAAUUAAUGCAAAGAGUAAAAAUAAUUGCUGCAACCGAUGAAAAAAAUAUUUAUCGUAGAUAUUUACUAGGUUACGAUUACGGCUACCCACAAUUUAUUUUGGUUAUUGAUAUUCCAACAAAUACAGCCGGGCUCUAUACACAACAUCCCACGUUUACAAGUAAAUCGCUAAUACAGUUAGAAGGUUUGUAA